GGCGGCGGGAGGCGGUGGUGCCCCGGGGGCAGGGCUACGGCUGGGGCUAGCGGCGGCGCCAGGCGGUGCGCGGCGCAGGCUCCUCCCGCAGGCAGCCCGCCAGCCCCUCUCCUCUAUCCCUCCCUCCCUCCUUCCCUGCCUCCCGCCCCGGCUUCAUCCCUCCUUCCUGCCAGCGCUGCGCACUGCUGCCCGCCGAAGCUGGGCCGCCUGGGACCGCGCCGCGGGCAGCCCCCUCGCACACCCCCUUCUCCUCGGCAUGAGGCUGCCGCAGGGCACGGCGAGGCGGCGGCGGGUACUUAAUGUGACUGCCCACUUCAGCAUUCAGCUUUCCCAUACUGAAGACUGAGGACCAAGCCUGCCACAGGCUCCUGCCAACACUGCAAAUAACUGACCAGUUUGUUGGAAGAUGUUUAUUCUUGCUUGAACCUUGUCUUCUGAAAACAAACAUUAGAAGAAUGAGGAAGAACUCAAGCCUUUCCUGCCUUAUAGCACUAGCUUUUUUAUGUUUAAGAAGCUUAAUAUAUAGCCAAGAGAUAGGGUCUCUGGGGCGGCCUCAGAACCUGAAAUGUGUAACGCACAACUUACGUAAAAUGAUCUGCGCUUGGGAUGUCUCUUCUGAAGGAAGACAAACAGAUAAUGGACAGACUGACUUUUGCUACACUAACAAUGACCUUCUCUCUCCAGUGUGUUUUAAAACUAAGGAGAAAAGAGUUGAGAUUCCAGUUCCAGAGAGCUCCAGCAUGGUGACAAUAACCACAAACAGCAUUUCUGGCACUGCCUUUGCUACCAAAAAGUUUGAAAUUCAUAAGAAAGACAUCUCACUUGUUCCUCUCACUCCACGCAUUCUUAGUCUAACACCUGACUUUUCAACUGCCACAUUAAAUCUGAAGUGGAGUGAUAAUGGAUCAAACUUCUCAUAUGGACUGGAUGCUGUUUGGCAGAUUCAGAUACUCCGUAAAAAAGGAACAGAAAAGGUCACACAAGCAACCUACUAUUCAAAACUGAUUCAUGAAGAUGCCAUUCUUUCUUGGAACUGGACAUCAGACAUGCCCUUGGAGUGCACAUCACACUAUGUGAAGAUUCGCUGUUACAUUAACGUAACACAGUUUCCUGGCCCCAAGGAUUGGAGUGACUGGAGCCCCAUGGAAGAGAUCCCUGGAAAAGAUACUGAGCCCAGUGGGAGUGGAGUGUUUCCUCAAGACACUGUGGUGGCAGUAGGUUCAGAUGUGACAAUUUGUUGUGUCCAUGAAGAAGGACAGCAGAUACUACAGAUGACUUACGGUCGAGAAACAUACCCAAUGAUACGUCUGAGCAGUCGGAGCAGUGCAAUCAGAGUGCUCAAUGCCAGUGCUUCAGAUACCAGUGGAACAAAUGUAGUAUGCAUGAUGUCUGAAGAUGAGAUGGAAGGAACUGUCUUGUUUGUUGGAUAUGCCCCUGAUGUUCCCCAGAACCUCAGCUGUGAAACAUCCAACUUUUUGAUAAUAAAAUGCACCUGGAAACCAGGCAGACCCAGUGGACUUUAUGGAAAACGAGGAACAAAGUACAGUUUAUUUGAAAGAAUAUCUGGUAAAAAUGUUUCAUGUGAAGUCAAUGAAAUUAACAAAGACCGUGUCUGUGGCUUUCAAGUACUGCCUGAUCAGAAAGUCUACAGUUUCAUCCUGGGUGUCUCCAAUCCUAUUGGGCAAACACAGUCAUCACUUCUGGUUAAUUUAACUCAAAGAGUUCAUCCAAAAGCUCCAGAAAAGUUGACUGUUUCUGCCAACAGCUCUACCAGUGUCCAUCUGCAUUGGUUUAUAAACGGCAGCUUUGCUGAGAUUAGGCUUCUGUGUCAAAUUGAAAUUAGCAGUGGUCACUCUGGGCAAAAAGUGCAGAAUGUGUCCAGGCCUGGUGGAAAAUUCUCAACUUACACAGCCCUGGUGAACACAUUGCACCCAUACACAAAAUACCGGUUCAGGGUGCGCUGCUCAGCUGCUGACCACUUCUGGAGGUGGAGUGACUGGAGCAGGAUAGAGGAGUACAUGACACUGGAAGCCCCUCCUGCAAGAGGACCAGAUAUCUGGAGAGAGAGAAGUCCUUCUGGAAAAAGUCUGAAAAUCUACUGGAAGCCUUUAUCCCGUUCUGAAGCCAAUGGGAAGAUAGUGUCUCAUGAAGUGUCCUGCUACCUGCUGAACACACCACUGGAGUAUAAAGAAGUCAUUGAGCCUUCAAACAGUACUGAGAUAAGACUUGGAAAAAAUGACUGUGUCAUUAGUGUUGUAGCCAAAAACCAUGCAGGGUCAUCUCCUCCUUCGAGGAUAACAAGUGUGGAACUUCCAAGUGGCAAUGUCAAAACAGAUCGGGCCGUGGCAAUGGGGAAUGGAAUUUAUAUUUCUUGGAAUUCUUACCCCAACAUGACCUGUGGCUACAUAGUAAAAUGGUGUCAUUCGUCUGGCUCUGAACCCUGUAGUGUGGACUGGCAGAAGUUUCCUUCAAAUAAAACAAAUGCAGUGAUAAAGUCUGCUCUGUUUAGACCUGGCAUAAGAUACAACUUUUCACUAUAUGGCUGCCAAUCCAGUGGAUAUCAGUUACUGAAAAACAUAACCGGGUACAUGAAGGAGCUGCCUCCAAAACGUGCACCAAAUUUUACUGUGGAGGAAACCUCUUCAGAUUCUAUAUUGGUAAAAUGGGAAGACAUUCCUAUUGAAGAUUGCCAGGGCUUUUUAGAGGGAUACCGGCUUUCCUUUGCAAAAGGUGAAAAAGAUGCUUUAAAGCCUAGGCUUUCAGAAUCAGGGAAUCCAGAACUUAAAGUUAAGAAUAUCACUGACUUAACAAAGAAGUCUUUGAAAAUACUUGAUCUUCAAGGCAAAACAAGUUACCAACUGGACCUACAAGCCUACACUGCUGGUGGGUUGAGCCCUCCAAACAGCCUCUAUGUGGUGACAAAGGAAGAUUCUAUUGGGUUAAUCAUUGCAGUUCUCAUCCCCGUGGCAGUGGUUGUGCUGCUUGGAGUGGUGGCCAGCAUCUUCUGCUACCGAAAGAGGGAAUGGAUUAAGGAAACAUUUUACCCAGAGAUCCCAAAUCCUGAGAACAGUAAGGCACUGCAGUUUCAGAAGAACAUCUGUGAGGGCAGUAAGACACUUAAAACACUGGAAAUGAACCCAUGCACUCCCAAUAGUGUUGAAGUGGUGGAAACACAAUCUGCAGCUCCCAAGAUUGAAGACACAGAGAUGAUAUCCCCAGCAGCAGACACCACUGUGCCUGAAGAUGGCUCUGACUCGGAAACAGAAAACCACGUGGUUGUGUCCUACUGCCCCCCUAUCAUUGAAGAGGAGAUCUCAAAUGCCCCUAUGGAUGAACCUGUGGGGUCAUCUCAGGUGGUCUACAUUGACAUCCAGUCAAUGUAUCAGCCUCAGAUUAAAGCAGAAGAGGAGCCAGACAUAGACAUAGUGACGACAGCAGGCUAUAAGCCACAAAUGCAGCUGCCUAUCAGUGCUCUGAAAGUAGAGAGUCGUUUACCUACAGAGGAAGAAUUGAACAAAACUGCAGGUUACAGACCCCAAGGAAACACAAAUGCCUGGACCGUGGACACUCCGGACUCUCCUGGAUCAGUUGAAAGCAACAAUGAAAAUGCAUCUUUUGGGAGUCCAUGUUCCAUUAAUUCCCGACAGUUUCUGCUUCCCUCAAAAGAUGAUGAAGACUCUCCCAAACCCAGUAACACAGGGUGGUCCUUCACACACUUUUUUCAGAACAAAGCAAAUGAUUAACAGUCAGUCCUUGUUGUACCUGAACUUGCCUUCUAAAUAAGCUUACUGCUGAUGUUGUAAAAAAAGGAAGAAGUGUGAAAGGCAUGAAUUAUUGUUGCAAACAGUCAGCAGAGGUUCUAGUGAGCUGAGUGUUACCAUGUUUGAGUUAGCAAAAGUUACCAUUUUAACAGAGGCUGAGGGGGCAAAGUUAUAGCAAUUUAGUUUAUUGCUCUAGUAAACUACAUUGGAUGUGAGGGGGUAUUGAGUUUAGACCUCUUGAUAAUCCCAAUGAACUCUGCCUACCUUCACAUAGUGCUCAGAGAUUAAUAUAGCCUCAUCCAACCUAUAGCUCAGAAAGAUUGCUUUGCUCCAUUGUAGUUGUCCUCAACUGUGCAUACUCAAAUGAUGCAAACCCAGCAAGUUUCCCUUCUGAAGGUUUCAUUUAUCACAAGCCUCAGCCUAACACAUGGAAACAAUGUGGUUGGAAACUGUUGAGAUCUUUUACCUAGCUACAGACUAGGUAUAAAAUGACAGUAGUUAUUUUUUUGUUUUGUUUUGUUUUGUUUGUUUAUUUUUUUCAUUUUAACCCUUCUCCCAUAUGGAAGGGCAUUGUCACUGUUUAACACCUUUGAAGCAAUGGCCAUUCAAAUCUGUUGCUUUUUUAACUAGACACUAGUUUCUGUACUUACUGUACAAUGUUCAUUCAAUGUUUGACUCAGGGGUGUACAAACUUGGGGAAAAAAGAAAAAAAACCUGUAACACUGAUUUAAACCUCAACAAGAACUGCAUAAAGUUUAGAACUGUUUCUUUUUUUUUUCCUCCUCUUUUUUUUUCCUCCUUUUUUUUCCUUUUAUUUUAGAAUGCUGUAUUGCACUAAUGCAUUCUCCAUAUCAUAGCUUCAGCUCCAGAUCUCCUGCUUCAAAGUGGUACAACACUCCCUUCUUCCCCCCAGUCUUCAGCAGUCUUUGCACUAUACAGUAAUGUAUACCAUGGGGAUAUCUUUCUACUAAAUACUAACUGUCCAAACAGUUUGGCAUGUGAAAUUAGAGGUAGUAGUACUAACUCCUUGAGAACAAAUUACUCUUUCAGUGCUCUUUAUUGUAUUAGCUUUGCCACCUGCUGCCUGUCAGUCCUUCAGUAUCCACCCAACAGAACCUUCUCUACAAAUCCCACCUGGGAGUACAAGGUGGGGUUUCUUUGGUGGCAGGGAGAAACCCCAGGAGGUUUUAGUGCCACUAGUUCUACCUCUCCUUUUAUCAGACAUGUGAUGGAAAGAAAGCUUAAAUGUGCUUCAAGGAGUAUUUAGAACAAUCAUCUUUGGAAAGCCUUGUGCUCACAUAUGCAUCUUUAGGCAGCUGUAAUUGUAACAUUUCACUGUGUCAACUUCAGACUGUGGAACACAUUAAUUUCUCUAGCUUACAGGAAAAAAAAAAAAGUGUUGUUUUGUUUGAUUUUUUUUUCUUUUUAAUUUACCUGUUCUGUAACAUACAACACAUUGGUGAGAAGUCAGAUGUGAAAGAGCUUGAUCAAAAAGUGUGUCUGUAAAGUCCUAACUGAC